AUGGGUGCCUUUACCAAACGCAAGCCCAACAAUGCUCAGCUCCCCGAGGACGAGCAGCCUCAAGUCGAGCUCGCCCAGAACCAGAGCGUUGUCCAGGAUGAGCAAAAGGUGACGGCGUUGGCCGUGGCCGCGGGCUUCUGCGCGAGUCUCGGCGGCCUCAUCUUUGGCUAUGUCAGUGGUGAAAUCUCCGGCUUCUUCCCCAUGCAGGACUAUGCCGAGCGGUUCGGGCAGCGCAACGCCGACGGCGUGUACGAGUUCAGCGCCGCGCGACAGGGCACCAUCGUCGGCCUCGUCAGCAUCGGCGCGCUGAUCGGCGCGCUCAUUGCCGGCAAGAUGGCGGACCUCCUCGGCCGCCGACUGGCCAUCUCCAUCUCGGCCUUCUUCACCUGCGUCGGCACCGUCAUCGAAAUCUCGUCCAGCACGCACUGGGUGCAGUUCGCCGUCGGCCGCCUCGUCACUGGUCUGAGCAUCGGCUCGCUCUCCGUCGUGGUGCCCAUGUACCAGUCCGAGUGCUCGCCCGCACCGAUCCGCGGCGUCAUCGUCUCCUCGUACCAGCUGCUCAUCACCCUGGGCAUCUGGCUCGCCGAGGUGGUCAACCUGGGCACCUCCAAGGUCAGCGGCAGCGCGUCCUGGCGCAUCCCCAACGGGCUGUCUUUCGCCUGGGCCCUUGUUCUCGGCACGCUCAUUCUUUUCUUCCCUGAGUCUCCCAGAUACGCCUAUGGCCAUGGUCGCACAGAAGAGGCACGCUCCACAAUUGCAAAAUUAGCCGGCCUGCCGGAAAAUUCAGCCACAGUGGAGCACCAAAUAAAUGAUCUCCAGAACAAGCUCGAUGAGGAAAGCGAACUAUCACAGGAAUUCAGCUUCUUCGAAAUCUUCACCGGACCACGAAUGUUUUAUCGCACAAUGCUGGGAAUUGCAUUAGGUACAGGCCAGCAGCUCGUCGGAGUUAAUUAUUUCUUCUAUUUCGGCACAACUUCGUUUAAAUCCACGGGCAUCAGCAACAGUUACGUCACGCAGCUCAUCCUCGGAUCUGUCAACGUGGCCGCCACCAUCGUGUCCCUAUGGGUCGUCGGAAAGUAUGGCAGACGUCCUAUCCUGAUGAUUGGUGCCUUCUCGAUGAUGGUAUGCUUCUUGAUCUAUGCAUUUGUCGGGCACUUUGCCGUUGAUCUUACAAAUCCCGCCAACUCGCCCACGACCGGCAGUGUUCUCAUCGCCUUCUCCUGUCUCUCCAUCGUGGCCUUUGCCAUGUCCUGGGGUCCCGUGGUCUGGGCCGUCAACUCGGAGCUGUAUCCCCUUCGCUACCGAAGCGUCUGCAUGGGACUGGCCACUGCCUCCAACUGGUUCUGGAACUUUAUGCUCUCCUUCUUCACCCGCUUCAUCACCGAUGAGAUCGACUACCUCUACGGCCUCGUUUUUGCUGGCUGCUGCGGUGCCAUGGUUCUCGUUGUCUUCUUCUUCGUCAUCGAGUCCAAGGACCGCACCCUGGAAGAGGUCGAUCUCAUGUACAUCCAGCAUGUCAACCCUAUCACCUCGGCCAAUUGGGACGGCGGCGCCUACCGCAAGGAUGAGGGCCGCAGCACCGGCGUUGACCCUUCGCCUUCACCCAUGACUGAGGCGUAG